AUGAAAUUCGUCCUAUUUCUUCUCUUUUGCUCUUUGAUAUUGGUCGGAAACGGAAAAAGAUGUCUCCUACCAAUCCAAGAAGGGCCUUGUAGAGCUCUAAUCCAGCGAUGGGCAUAUAACACAACGUUAAGAUCAUGUUUUGAGUUCUUUUACGGAGGAUGUCGUGGGAACAGAAACAACUUUGUGGAUAAAAAAGGAUGCGAGCAAAGGGUGGAAAAGAAGAUAAAAAGGCAGAGCGAAAUCCGUCAGUUUGAGUUCAUCGUAGAAGAGUACACGUUCAUCGAUCACUCACUAUUCGGUCGAUUAGAAUAG